AUGUGGGAAAUAGUAGUUCUUGAGCUCGAUGCAGAAUCAGGCCUCGAGCGCCUUCUUUACGUUGCUCUCCUGCCAAACUCUGACGACGAUGUUCACCAUCAAAAUCAAGAAGAUGUUGCAAGAGGCAGAGAAGUACAAGAGGCGAAGAAGUACAAGUCCGAGGAUGAGGAGCACAAGAAGAAGGUGGAGGCAAAGAAUGCACUUGAGAACUAUGCUUAUAACAUGAGGAACAUGAUCAAGGAUGAGAAGAUUGCUUCCAAGUUGGCUGCAGACGAUAAGAAGAGGAUUGAGGAUUCGAUCGACGAGGCCAUCAAUUGGCUUGACGCGAAUCAGUUGGGAGAGGCUGACGAGUUCGAGGACAAGAUGAAGGAGACGAGGGCGGCGACGAGGAGGAUGCGGACAAGGGUGUCGUUGAACUGA